GGGAGGAGCUGGUGCUGGGUGGAGGACGCGGUGGUCGGGCCGCGUGGGCUCACACGAGGUAGCUCGCGGCGUCCGGCCGCGCAGGCGCGCUCAAGAUGUCGUACAUGCUUCCGCAUCUGCACAAUGGCUGGCAGGUAGACCAGGCCAUCCUUUCGGAGGAGGACCGCGUGGUAGUCAUUCGUUUCGGACACGACUGGGACCCCACUUGCAUGAAGAUGGACGAGGUUCUGUACAGCAUCGCCGAAAAGGUUAAAAAUUUUGCAGUUAUUUAUCUUGUGGAUAUCACAGAAGUGCCUGACUUCAACAAGAUGUACGAGCUGUACGACCCCUGCACUGUCAUGUUCUUCUUCAGAAACAAACAUAUCAUGAUUGAUUUGGGCACUGGCAACAACAACAAGAUCAACUGGGCCAUGGAAGACAAGCAAGAAAUGGUUGACAUCAUAGAGACCGUGUACCGUGGCGCCCGCAAAGGCCGGGGUCUGGUGGUGUCUCCCAAGGACUAUUCUACCAAGUACAGAUACUGAGCCCUGCCCUCAGGCUGUGCAAAGGACACUGAGAGCCUCUUCUACAUAGAAAUCCUCUGCUCUCAUAGCCUCUGGAAAGACCCUGCAGCACAACAUUGCUGUAGAGCUGGAGGAUCCUUGAGAUGAGGGUUACAGAGCCUUAACUAGCUGAAGCAAAUAAACAUGGCAAGGGAGCAGUGGG